AUGACCGCCGCCGCCGACGACUUCGCCCCUCCGUGGCCCGCGUCCUCGCCCGCCCCCGCACCCGCGCGUGGCGGCGGCGGCGUGUACCAGGUGGGCGGCGUGCCGGUGGAGUUCCCCUACAAGCCCUACGGCACGCAGCUGGCCUUCAUGGGCCGCGUCAUCACCACGCUCGACCGCGCCCGCCGCCAGGGCCGCUCCCACGCGCUCCUCGAGUCGCCCACCGGCACCGGCAAGUCGCUCUCCCUCCUCUGCUCCGCGCUCGCCUGGCAGCGCCACUACCCGCUCCGCGCGCCCCCCGCCGCCGCCGCCCCCGACCCCUUCCUCCAUGGCGGCGGCUUCGUCGCCGACGAUACCCAGCAGCAGCAGCAGCAGCCCACUCCCGCCAGGAAGAAGAACGCGCCGACCAUCUACUACGCCACGAGGACGCACUCGCAGAUCACCCAGGUGGUCCGGGAGCUCCGCAAGACGUCGUACCGGCCACGCAUGGCCAUCUUGGCCUCAAGGAAGCACUACUGUGUAAACCAGAACGUGUGCAUGUCUGACCAAAUCGAUGAGAAUUGCAAGAAGCUCCUAGAUGACAAAGUUCAGGGAUGCCCAGAAUUCAAGAAUGCACAGAAACUAAGUCGUCACCCAUCCCUUCAGACCGGUGGCUCCUAUGAAGUUCAUGAUAUUGAGGAUCUUCUUAGAGUUGGAAAACAAGUCAAGGGAUGUCCAUAUUUUGCUGCACAAACCCUUGCAGAAGCAGCUCAACUGGUUUUCUGCCCAUACAACUACCUAAUUAGUCCAAUUGUCAGGAGAGCAAUGGACAUUGAUAUCCGUGGCUCAGUUGUUAUUCUUGAUGAAGCACACAACAUAGAAGACAUAUCACGUGAGGCUGGAAGUGUUGAUGUUGAUGCAGAAUCACUUGACAGUUUGGAUGGAGAACUAGCAAGCUUGGCCACUAAUCAGGCUGUUGCAAUGAUAUACCAGCCCUUGCAUGAUGUCAUUGAGGGGCUUAGAAAUUGGAUUACUGACCAGGAAGGCAAUGUACGCGAUAACGAGUUUGAACAUCCUGCUUCAUUUUGGACUGGUGAAAAUGCCCUGAAGGAACUACAGAGGGCCGGUAUUACUCCUGUAUACUUCCCACUAUUGCAAGACUGUGCAACCAAGGCAGUCAAGGCUGCUUCGGAUACUGAGUCAGAUGGAGAUCACUUAGCUGGUCGUCAUGCUAUGACACUUGAGAGUCUAUUCUCCUCAUUGAGCCACUUUUUCGCUGGGAAUGGGCGCCAUAUGUAUGAUUACCAGCUUGCUUUCCAACGGUUUGUUAAGAGAGAAGGCAUUUCUGCCACUGAACCAAGAUGUGUGAUGAGUUUGUGGUGCCUCAAUCCUGCUGUUGUCUUUCAAGAUAUUGCAGAUCUAACCCAAUCAGUAAUAUUGACAUCUGGCACACUCUCUCCAAUGGGCUCCUUUGCGUCUGAACUUGGUGUACAGUUUGAUGCUUGCAUGGAAGCUCCUCACGUGAUCGAUGCUGAUUCUCAGGUUUUUGCAAGUGUACUAUCAUCUGGCCCAACAACACAUCGGUUGAAUGCUAGCUAUAAAACUGCAGAUGCAUAUUCUUUCCAGGAUGAACUUGGAGCUUCAAUAGAAGAAAUAUGCAGAAUAGUGCCUGGUGGUGCUCUAGUGUUCUUUCCUAGCUAUAAGUUGUUGGACAAACUGAAAGGGCGUUGGACUCAGACAGGUCAGUGGGCACGAUUGAAUGCUCAAAAGCCAGUUUUUGUUGAGCCUAGAGGGAGCACUGAGGAACUCGAGCCUGUCCUAAAUGGAUACUACAACGCAAUCAUUGGUAAGGUUCCUCUUAAGAAAGGCAAAGGUGGUGCAAAACAAAUCGUGAAGAAUCGAGUGAGAAAGAAUACCCAACAGGAAUCUGCUAAAGGAGGAGCUGCUUUUCUUGCAGUUUGUCGUGGGAAGGUAUCUGAAGGAAUUGACUUCUCUGAUGACAACGCUAGGGUUGUGGUCAUUGUUGGCAUUCCUUUUCCAAAUAUAAAUGAUGUCCAAGUAAAGCUGAAAAAGAGAUAUAAUGAUUCCUACAAAUCAUCAAAGAAUCUGUUGAGUGGGAGUGAAUGGUACUGUCAUCAAGCAUUUCGUGCUCUGAAUCAAGCUGCUGGUCGAUGUAUUCGGCAUAAAUUUGACUAUGGAGGCAUAAUUUUGAUUGAUGAACGAUAUCAGGAAGAGAGAAACCUUGUACACAUUUCAAAGUGGCUUAAGAAUUCUAUUAAGCUUUAUAGUAGCUUCCAGGAGACGAUGGUUGAAUUGAACAAGUUUUUUCAAAAGGCUGAGGAACAUAUAAAGAUCAAACAUCAAGACAUGUUCCCUAAGGUUAAAUUGGAUGCUGAUAUACUUACAUCGCAUGGUGAUAAAAGGAAGCUGCCUUGGCCAGAAUCAAAUUUCUUAAAGCAGUCAGUACCGCAAACUAAUCAAAAGGUAAAGAAGGAAGACAUUAAUGCCAAGGAUUCCAACAUUGAUGCUAUACUUACAACACACAGUGGUAAAAGAAAGCUGCCAUUGCCAGAAUCAAAUUUCUCAAAGCAGUCAGUGCCGCAAACUAAUCAGAAGGUAAAGAAGGAACACAAUUGUGUUGAGGUUUCAAACAUUGAUGCUGUGGCAGGAGCAGACCCCAAAAAUCAUGGUAUGUCUUAUACAUCACCAGAAGCAUGGCAGAUCUCUUCAAAAUCUUCUGAUUUGGCAAAGAAAAAAAGCUCCCCCAUACCCAGAAGUCAAACAACAACAUGCCAUCUCCUUCCGUCCCACAAAGUUCAGUACAAUUCAAAACACAAGGCAAACAUUGGGGGGGAUUAUGAAGUCGAUGUUAUUGACUUAGAGAAUUGUGAUUCUGUUCCUCGGUAUCAAAAGUUAACUAUAUUUAGUCCAUCACAAGACAGGUCGCAAGAGCCUACUCUUGUGGAAGUAACUUCUGAAGAUGAUCCAGUUGCUAGUCCCAGCAAUCAUUCUGAGGUAAAUACCUCUGCAGCGAUGAAUGAUUAUGAAGAUCAGGUCGUAGACGUGUCUGCUUCACUCUCAACAGUGAAUAGAAAUCAUUCCUGUGUGUCCACAUCAGCGGGCACUCCUGAAAGAACAGCUGAUAGAGGAUAUCAGUUGGAUGAUGAAUCUUCAGUGAACAAAAGCGUAAAUUCUCACCAUCAGAAAAGGAGAAGGCUUAAUAUUCCUAUGAGCUGUUGCACUGUUACAGAGCAUUCUAAUCCUUUGAAUCCUUCAAGCACAUCUAUUUGCAAUACUGAUUCUGCUGUCAGUGUUGACUUCGCACAAGAUCUCAUCUCAUCACCACCAGCUGCUGUAAAUGUUAUUGUAUGUGAUGUUUCUUCACUCAACGAAGAGAUCCUUCGAAAAUUCUAUGGUGAAGGUUCUGCUCACCAUUCUGGUGUUUGGUCUGAGAAGGAUGGAUGUGUAUACAAGCCAAUAACAUGCCCUUUCUGCCCUUGUGAAAAUGCUUCUGCGGCGGUGCUCGGAGCACAAGUUCUUGCAACUGAUGCUUCAAAUCUACAAUCAUUAAACGAGGUGCUCUUGUUUGCUGAUCGUUUGGAUAUCAAGCAUGGACCCUUGAGUGAUGUCAAGCAUGAACCCUUGAGUGAUGUCAAGCUUGAACCGGUCGCAAGUAAUCAGAGAGGUGCUGUUAAGCCCAUGUCACCCCCACCAGUGAUCGAGACAUUUGCUUAUAAGCCAUUGAAGAAGAAUCCUGUACCACUGAGCACGAGGAGGUCCAAGCUUAGGUUACCUACCACGGACAAAUCCACAAGACCAGAACUGGUGCCUAAAGUUGAGGAUCCAUAG